AUGACUAUUUUUUUCCAUAAAAUUUUAGAUGCUGAGACUGAGAGAUAAUAUAAUUGCUUCCAAAAUGAAUAAAUCAUUAAAAUUCAAAAUAAAUAAAAAGUUCUAAUCCUUCUAUUAAUAAGUGUUUUUACAAUUUAAAAAGGAAUUGAGAAAAGUUGGACUUCAUUAUCCUUUAAUCUAUUCGGAUUUAUUUUUAUAACAAUAUCCUACAAGUUUGUGAAAAAAGCUUCCAUGUAUUACAAAUAUUUGCUCUUGGUUAUUGUUUUGAUAUUUAAUAUUUUUUACCCUUUGAAUCGCUACAUUGGUACAAUUCCAAAUCAAGACACUUAUUUGGAUGGCUACUUUAUUUGCCUUGGUUCAUUAUCGUAAGUUAUUCAUACUACCUAUUUAGAAUCCUCAAUAGUGUAGAGGCUUAAGCCAAGUACAUGGUGAUGAUACCAAUUCUAGUAUUUAAUUUGUAUGUAGGGCCUUAUAAUGAAACUGGCCUGUGGUCACAAGGCUUGAAGUUUGGGAUUAUGACAGUCAUGGACAUUCAAUUUGGAAUACAAUAGGAAAUUUAUAGAAGAAAAUAGUUUUUCAAGUUGAAUUGCAAUAAAAUAAUUCAAAAUUAUUUCAACUCCUAAGAUUUGUUCGACAUCUUCAAGGUUAAAUUCGACGAAAAUGUUAAGUCCAUAAAAUUAUCAUCCCUAUUAGAAAAACAAAAGUUUAAUGAAUUUUAACAAUUAGAUUUUAAAUAGCGAAUAAGAAAAAUAUUAGUUCAUCCUAAAAAAUAUAACACUGAGAUGAAAAAGAAAAAUUAAUAGAACCAAUUUUAAUGGAACAAAAUUAAUUUGGAAACAUUUCUACUUUACUUUCUAAAAGGAAUAAAACCCAAAACAGAAUUUAAAUUAUUUGAGUCUUUCAAGAACAAAUUGAAAGUAGAGCUUGAAGAAAUCUCAAUUAAAAAUUUAGUAUAGAAUGAAAUUUCUACAUUCAACUCCAAACAAAUUGUAAUAUAUAAAAUUCAUCACUAUAAGACUCCUCAAGCUUUGAUAAUCUUGAAACAACAUUAGAUAUCCACUAAAAUCAAGAAGUUGAAACUCAAACAAGAAAAUUAUAAGCUCAUUAUAAAGUACUUUAUUUCCAUCUUUAACUCUUCCUUUAAGAAAUGCUUAACAAUAUUGCAGGAUUUCAAUCAAAUUUGCGAAUUCAAUAUAAAUUCAUAGCAAUAAUUAAUAUUUCGUGAGCAUCACACUUAGUUAAAUAAAGCUUGGAAUUCAUUUAGAAACAUGGUAGAUUUUAUGCAAUUAUCAUGCAAUAUCAACCCAUUGGCAACCUUCAAUAUUCUGCAAAUGAUUGAAUAGUUAAUAUAAGCAGUUAAAUAUCUGCAUCAUGAUAAUGUUGUAGAUCUGGAAAUCAUAAAUAAAUUAAAAAGUUCAUUUGUUGUCUCUAAUAAUGCAAAGAUGAAAUAACUCUUCUUAAAUUUGUUCUAUUAUAUAUUAGAUCUAAAUUAUGGAAAAAUUUAAAUCAUAUUACAAGAGGAGUAAAAUAGCAAUGAUAAUAUUAUUGAUGUAAAGAUUAAGUAUCAAAGAGAAAGCAUAUUUACAAAGUCAGAAUUAUCCAGUUUUCCAAUCAUAAAUCCAAUGACCUUUUCAGAUUUACAACGUAAUUCAAGGAGCAUGUUUAAUUUAGAAAUACCCAUUAGCAUUUGGUUGGUAAGACUUUUAGGACCAAAAGAUAAAAUUAUAAUUAGAAAAAUGAAAUAGUAAUAUGAAUUAGAAUUUUAAUUGUAUAAAAUAUUAACUGCUGAUAUGAGUUUACAACAAUAUUAUAAUAUAAAACUAGAAAAUCAAAUCAUAUUACAACAAGAAGAAUAACCUUUGAUCACAAAUUGUAUUUCUAUAUAGCCCUGUUUAUAUGGACAAUGA